UUUGGUAUUGCUGCUUUACUGACCUAUUAUAUAAAAACGUAAAACCUCUGUUAUUCCGUUUUCGAAACCUGUUAAUUGAUUCACGUUAUCUGUUGUUUCAUGCUCCAGCUAAAUCGAGAAGAGACAGAAGACAACGGAGAAAUCCGAAAGCUUAUCCAGGCAGUAUCCGACGAUGACGACACGCUCCUCGCUGAGCUCCUCUCAGAAGAAAGAUACCGGAAUUCCAUCAACAAAUCUUGGGGCUGGGGAGUUCCAGGCACACCUCUCCGCAUGGCAGCUUCUUGGGGCCACAUCAAAUGUCUUGAGGUCCUGUUGGCCCAUGGUUCUGAGGUGGACAGUCUCGACGUGAAGGCUCAGACUCCUCUCUUCACUGCUGUCAGUGGGAGGCAUCUAAACUGUGUGUUAACCCUCCUCAAAGCAGGUGCCAACCCAAAUGGCAGCAUUUACAACAACUGCUCUCCUGUGCUAACUGCUGCUCGAGAGGGAGAUGCAGAAAUCUUGAAGGAGCUCCUCAAGCAUGGUGCGGAGGUGAACGCAAGAUCCAAAGUCCUGUUGUGGGCCUCCAAUUCGUCCAUCUCCAGCGGCCCUCUCUACCUGUCUGCAGUGUAUGGACAUUUGGAGUGCUUCAAACUCCUCCUUCUCUAUGGAGCCGAUCCAGAUUAUAAUUGCGCGGAUGAGACGCUGUUUAAAAGAAUCAAGCAGCCCAAGACAGUUCUUGAAAUGUGCCUCAGACAUGGGUGUGGUGUUGAGUACAUCCAGCUCUUGAUAGACUUUGGGGCAAAUGUCUACCUCCCCACUCUUAUUAUAGAGAAAUCUACAAAACAGAAUGAAGCAGUGGAACUUUUGCUCAAGGAAAGAGGCUGUCCAAAAUCACUGAUGGCACAGUGUCGAAUUGCUAUACGAAACUACCUCCGAAAGAUCAACAGAAUGAAUUGCAUUGACAGUCUGGGAGUACCACCAAUCCUAAUGAACUUUUUGAACUAUGCAGCAGCACCAACAAAAAGCAUAACAUUCUAAUUUGACAGAUUUAUGGGACUGUGCCUUAAAUGUAAUAGAAUGAAAUAUGACUUUGGGAAAAAUAUAAAACAAUACAUGUUUAACACUGUAAGGUGGUGUAGUGUUUCUUUUCACAAACUGUUUUAUUUUAUAUGAUGUAAGUUACUUUUUUGCCUUAUUGUGAAAUGCUGCAUGAUUUUUGUAACAUUUAGUUAAGUGUAGUCAUUCAAUCAAUGAUUUUAUUUCUUAUGUAUUGUUGAAAUACUCACCUGUAAAGUGAGAGCUAUGAAUUAAAACUCUUGAAUGCCUCAAUAACUAAAUAUUUCAGAUUCAGUACGGUUACUGUGAAAGAAAAUAGAGCAGUGCGAUAUUGUACCUUUAUUUCUCAUGCUGGUUCAUAUUACUGUAAUUCAUUUUGCCCCCAUGAUUUAAUGUGGUAAUGAGAAUUACCUGUACUGUGCACUAAAAACAUCUGAAGUAACAGCUGCACCUAUACAUGUACGUUACUUCAUAUACUGUGUAGAUAUAAGAUACACAAGGUAUUGGUAAUAAAGCUUGACUUUGGUUAGAAAGUAUAUUACAAGAAAUGUUUUUCUGUAGCACUGUGUAGUA